AUCCCUAGCUUUCCAAAGUAAUCAACACACGCAACCUCUACUUCACUUCUUUGAAACUUCUCGAGAUAUUUUUCUCCCAUUAAAUCAUCACGCAGAAACACCAAAACAAUCUUUGGCUCUAUCUUCAAAUUUCUCGCAGCCAUUAAAAUUUUCCAAUCUUCUUCAUUCUCUCAAUAUAUAGUACAAACCUAGCUAACACCCCAUUAAUCAACACAGUCACUCAUCAAAAGACAGAAAGCCUGUUGUGAGAAAAGAAUGGCAGUGACUAAGGUGGCAUUGGUUGCUUCGAUGAUGGCUUGCAUGAUGAUAACAUGCUCUUAUGGUGAAUCAAGCUUGUCAUGUGAUCAAGUCACUAUUUGGCUGACUCCAUGCAUACCUUAUGGAGUUUUUGGAGGGAAUGUGACAUCUUUGUGUUGCCAAGGUGUAUACUCUUUGAAUGCUGCGUACAAGAAUGGUGAUGAUCGAAGAGGAGCAUGCCAAUGCAUUAAGGACAGAGCUGCACUUAUCCCUGGCAUGAACUAUGACCAUGUUAAUGAAGUUCCUGGAAGAUGUGGCACUAAGUGUCCCUUCAAAGUCUACCCUUCUACCAAUUGUUCUGCUGUGCAGUAAGCAAGCAAUUAUUGGCGACAGGGUGCAAUAUUACUGUAUGAAUAUUGAAAAAUAAUUAUGUGUAUUUAGAUGGAAGGAAAUAAAGAGUAUAGAUUGUGUUUAACAAUCCAAUGAAUGUGUUUUGAGUAUAUAUCAGCAAUAAAGAUAUUUCCCUUUAAUUUAUCA